UCUGUUUACAGAGGAAGACCAUGAAGAGAAGACGCCAUGGCUCAUAAUGGAAACCGUCUGCGUCACGAUUCUGCCGCAGCUGUUAGAUGUGAACAACGUGCCUUGGUUUGUUUCACCUUAGGGUCAACCAUAGCAGUCAUAUUAUGGAUUAUCGCUAUGAGUACCGACUACUGGUUCACAGUAUCCUCACCUGACAGUGGCGGCCUCUAUGUCAAUAAGACGAGAAUUAUUUUUUUAUACAGUCACUCGGGGCUCUGGCGAAUUUGUAGAACACAAAUAAUAAAUAAAACAUCCGAAAAUGAUCCAGUAUCUAAAACCGAAUGUCAUUAUCAUAAUCUGUUUCCAAGCAACAAAGAAAUCGACAAAAAUCCAGAGCUGGAUCGCACAAUUAUGGAUUACACAAGAACGGAAACAGCUUUCUCUGUCAUCAGUUUGUGUUUGAUGUUGAUGGGUGUUGGGUUUUCUGUUUACACAUUCACAGAACCCAGGUACAUGUUCAAGAGACUAGCCGGAGGAGUCCACUUUAUAACAGCUGCAACAGUUCUGGUUGUCAUCGAGGUCCUUACUAAUUCCGUUCGAUACGAAGAACAUUUUUUGAGGGUUCGUCACCCGAAGGGAUCGAUCUGGAGAUACGGGUAUUCGUUUGGCUUAGCUUGGGUUGUGUUUUCUGUGUACCUCUCGUCUGGUUGCGCCUUUAUCAUCUUCUCCAGAAAACGGAAAGGAGACAAAGCAGCCGACGAGUACCAUGCACGUGAAGACGAACCGAACAUCUUAGGUCGAGU